AGCAAGUCAGCUGAGGCAUGCAAGGUCCACUCUUUCAUCCCCUUGGAGCUCAAUAGGGAACGGUCCCCAAACGAGAGAGAGGGCCAAGGGAGAAACAGAAAGAGCGCCGCCUCCUCCUUUUCCCUCAGCCGACCAACCCUGGAACGGCUUCGCGCUCCGAGUUACUUUGUCCCCGCGCGGGCCCUGUACCCCCUCUGGGAGAAAAGUUUCUGCAAGCGCGAAGGGGCCGAAGAACCGCCGCCGCAGGAGAAGAAGGAGGAGGAGGCGGCGGAAGGGGGGCUAUGGGGAUAGUUCAUGAACAAUAGGCGGAUUGAAUCUAGUCUGUAGUUUGGCAAUGCAGUGAUUUUUCUCUAUCCAGUAUUGCUCCUACUUCCUUCCAUGACAGCGUUACCCAUUUCGUCAUGGCACUCACUUUAUGAGCUUUCUGUCCUGUUUCCCUCAACAGUGGACAGAGACGUGCCAGUCUUUGUUCUUAUAUUUAAUUUGCACAUCAGGAUCUACAGGAUAAAACAGAUGGUUGAUCCUAGUCAGGAAGAGAAGACUGUAAAAUGCACCCAGUGCUCCACAUCAUUUCAGUCAAGGAAUGUUGUAUUUUUUUGCCCAUAUUGCAAAAUGGGUCUCAUUUGCUCUGAAGAAGGUGUAGUCGAGAAUUCAGAUUCACUGAGUGCUUCAGCAUCAGUGCAGGAACAUUCGGAAUCAGAAGAAGACAUGUCAAGGAAACAAACAUCUCUUAUAGGAGACAUGUCAAAAUCAGACCUAACAGACUCUUACAGAAAAAUGCUCAUUACCUCAGGCAUUCGUGGCAGUAAUACAGAAUGCAAAAUCCCUCAUACACGAAUAGAUGAUGGAGCAGCAAUUCAGCAAAUUUAUACCUUCGGAAGGAAAUUAGGACAAGGCAGCUUUGGUGUGGUGAUUGAGGCAACACACAAAGAAACAGGCAUAAAGUGGGCGAUCAAGAAAGUUAACCGGGAAAAGGCGGGGAGUUCUGCUGUCAAACUACUUGAACGAGAAGUAAGCAUCUUAAAAACAGUCAACCAUGAUCAUAUAAUACACCUUGAGGAAGUGUUUGAGACACCAAAACGUGUAUAUCUUGUAAUGGAGUUAUGUGAAGAUGGAGAACUUAAAGAGAUUCUUCAAAGAAAAGGUCAGUUUUCAGAGAAUGAGACACGGCACAUAAUUCAAAGUCUUGCAUCAGCAAUAGCAUAUCUUCACAAGAAAGAUAUUGUUCAUAGAGAUUUGAAAUUGGAAAACAUUUUAGUUAAAAGCAGUGACAUUGAUGAAGAAAAUGAAAUGAAAUUAAACAUAAAGGUGACUGAUUUUGGUUUAGCUGUACAAAAGAUGGGAGGCAGUGAAAGCAUGUUCCAGUCUACCUGUGGGACUCCUAUCUACAUGGCCCCAGAAGUGAUAAGUGCACAUGACUAUAGCCAACAGUGUGAUGUUUGGAGCGUAGGUGUCAUUAUGUAUAUGCUAUUAUCUGGUGGUCCACCUUUUAUAGCAGGCUCUGAAGAAAAACUUUUUGAAGUUAUAAAGAAAGGAGAUCUUCAGUUUAAACAUUUAAUCUGGCAGUCAGUCAGUGAAGCUGCCAGAAAUGUGUUGCAGCAGCUGCUGAAAGUAGACCCCGCCCACAGAUUCACUGCUAAUGAACUGCUUGACUGCCAGUGGAUAACAGGAGAAACACACAUUGUUCAGAGGCAAUUUAAUGUCCUUGAGCUGAUGAAGAAGUGGAAUCAGAGCUCCAGCACAGAGGGUGGAGAAACAAGCAUUUCUGAAAGUGAUCUGAAUGGCUCAUCAUCCACUACCCAACAGGAAGAAAUCUGUGAAGGCCAAAACAGUCCUGUUAGCAGCAAUGGCAACUCAGAUCCUAAUAUUGAUACAGAAACUGAAAGUGGGAGCAGCAAACCUUCUACACCAACAAAACAAACUAACAAGAAAAAGCAUCACACCAGUACUUUACAAAAUGGAACAUUUAAAAAGAAAAGUUCAUCUGCUAGAUCAACUUCCAGUAGUUGUGGAUCUGGGUCAUUGUCUCCAGGGUCAAUCACAAAGCGGAGUCUGGAUAAUCAAGAGAAAAAAAUGGAAAUGGAAAAAUCGUCUUCAUCUUUGAGUCAAGAAUCAUCUGGCAAAAGUACACCAAAAUCAACAGUCCUUAGUAGCCUACACAAAAUGAAAAAGAAACCUUAAGGGGGAAUCUGUCUAUUCAGAUUCCAAUUCUUAUGAAGGAACUAUUGCUGGUGCCAAAAGUGUGGCAACUAUUUAAAAAGGACCAAUGUAUCCUAAACUCAUGCCUUUUUUCUUGUUCUGAGACUUAUUAUUAUCAUCAUCAUCAGGAGCAAUAGCCUCACAGUAGUGCUGUUAACAAUGGUAAAGCAGUGUGAAUUCCUAACCUAUAUGAGGGCAUCCACUGAUAGUAUAAUGUUCAGAGCACAGAAGUGUGUAAAAAAAAAAUCUGGCUUUUAUUUAUUGUAGGCUAUGCAUCAUUCCGGCAAGCAAUUAGUUUCUUUGAAUUCAUUUGUUGUGUUUUACUGAAAGUUGGUUAGUAUUAGAAAGAUUUGUGAAGUGGGGGUGGGGGGGGGGGUGUAAGGAAAAGCCAAACCUGUGGUGGCUAUGUGAUGUGUUUUUUUGUGUAUGUGUGUUGUAAUAACUGUGCAUUUUGCACUUCAAAUAAUUUGUUAGCAGUUUGCUUAUAAAUUUGUCAAAAUUAUAUACCCAUUUACCAAGGUCAAGUGAAAAUUGUUUCUGAUAUUUAAUGUCACUAUAAUUUGUUUAGAUAAUUUACCUUAAAUGUUUUUGUAUUAUUAAGUAUAUUCUUCCUGCUAGAAUUCUUGCAUGUUUAAAUAAACCAGAUUUUAGGGAAA